AUGCAGAUCUUCGUCAAGACCCUCACCGGCAAGACCAUCACCCUUGAGGUCGAGUCGUCCGACACCAUCGACAACGUGAAGAGCAAGAUCCAGGAUAAGGAAGGCAUUCCUCCGGAUCAGCAGCGUCUUAUCUUCGCUGGCAAGCAGCUCGAGGAUGGCCGUACCUUGUCGGAUUACAACAUCCAGAAGGAGUCGACCCUUCACCUCGUCCUCCGCCUGCGCGGUGGUAUGCAGAUCUUCGUCAAGACUCUGACCGGCAAGACCAUCACCCUGGAGGUCGAGUCCUCUGACACCAUCGACAAUGUCAAGUCCAAGAUCCAAGACAAGGAGGGCAUUCCUCCGGAUCAGCAGCGCCUGAUCUUCGCCGGCAAGCAGCUCGAGGACGGCCGUACCCUGUCCGACUACAACAUCCAGAAGGAGAGCACUCUCCACCUCGUCCUCCGCCUUCGUGGUGGUAUGCAGAUCUUCGUCAAGACGCUCACCGGCAAGACCAUCACCUUGGAAGUUGAGUCGUCGGAUACCAUCGACAACGUCAAGAGCAAGAUUCAGGACAAGGAGGGUAUCCCCCCGGACCAGCAGCGCCUGAUCUUCGCGGGUAAGCAGCUGGAGGACGGUCGCACUCUCUCGGACUACAACAUCCAGAAGGAGUCCACUCUCCACCUGGUGCUGCGUCUCCGUGGUGGUAUGCAGAUUUUCGUCAAGACCCUCACUGGCAAGACCAUCACGCUCGAGGUGGAAUCUUCCGACACCAUCGACAACGUGAAGAGCAAGAUCCAGGACAAGGAGGGUAUCCCCCCGGACCAGCAGCGUCUCAUUUUCGCUGGUAAGCAGCUGGAGGAUGGUCGCACUCUCUCGGACUACAACAUUCAGAAGGAGUCGACCCUGCACUUGGUGCUUCGUCUGCGUGGUGGCCAGUAA